GCUAAGGAGGCAAUCAAAGCAGAGGGCACAAUGUCGGAGCUGAGUGAUGAAGCCAGUGAGUCGGAGCUGCUGAGCCGCAGUCUUUCCAUGUGGCAUGGGGUCGGUCAGAUGAUCUGUCGGGAAGAGCUGGACGUUCCCCUGGACUUACAUACAGCCUCCUCCGUCGGCCAGUAUGAAGUGGUGCAGGAGUGCAUUCAGCGUGGAGAUCUGGAUUUAAACAAGAGGAAUUGUGGUGGCUGGACUCCACUGAUGUAUGCCUCCUACAUUGGCCACGACACCAUUGUGCACCUGCUGCUGGAAGCGGGAGUGAACGUGAACAUCCCAACACCAGAAGGGCAGACGCCGCUCAUGCUGGCCUCCAGCUGUGGAAACGAAAGCGUUGCUUACUUUCUUCUGCAGCAAGGCGCAGAGCUGGAGAUGAAGGAUAUUCAUGGCUGGACUGCCUUAUUUCACUGCACCAGCGCUGGACACCAGCAGAUGGUCAAGUUCUUACUGGACAACGGGGCAAACGCCAACUGCAAGGAGCCUGUGUAUGGAUAUACGCCUCUGAUGGAAGCAGCUGCCUCUGGCCAUGAGAUAAUUGUUCAGUACCUUCUCAAUCAUGGUGUGAAGGCAGAUGUCAGAGAUAACACUGGAGCCACAGCACGAACACUGGCCAUGAAAUACGGACAUACAAAGAUUGUGGGUUUGAUAGAUUUGCAUGCAGCUCCAGUGCCCAAGGUAUUCUGCAGGGGUCCAGGAAAAUAUGAAGAGCUGAGUUCCUCAGAUGAAUCAUGUUCUGCUCCCCAGAGACAGAGACCUGUUCGUAGGACCAAGGGUCCCAGCAUUCAUGAUGGGCCUCAGGCUUUGGCUAAGAUAACAGCAGUUGGAAUCGGGGGAAAGAAGCAGUCUCGCUAUGAGCAGGUCCCUCCUCAGGGUUACGUUACCUUCAAUGAUGAUGGCAGCUGUGAAGCAGACGAUAUCCGAAACCGGGAUGUUACCUCUCCAAUCAAUGAGCAGGAUGUGGAGAGCAGCAGCAGCAGGGAGGAUAACAUUUUCUUCACCAACAACUUAGCGACUGUCAGGAGCAGCAGCAGCAGUGAAUGCCUGACCAAAGCCCUGGGGGUCAGCAGUGAAGGCUCCUUGGAAAGCAAUGAGGAUUCUGACCAUGCAAACAGUCCUCCUAGUCGGAAACAAGCCAAGAGCUUUAAGAUCAAGAACCGCUACAGCAACAGUGAUAGCCAGUGGACCCACUGCCCAGGGAAAGCUGGAGGCUCUAGUCAGCACCUCAUCCUUCCCGAGCCCCCUGCCUAUACAGGGCCCCAGGACCUGGCAACAUUCCUGGAGCAGAUUGGGUGCCUGAAGUAUCUGCAGGUGUUUGAGGAGCAAGAUGUUGACCUCAGGAUCUUCCUGACCCUCACAGAGAGCGAUCUGAAGGAAAUAGGCAUCACUCUGUUUGGACCCAAGAGGAAGAUGACUUCUGCCAUUGCCCGAUGGCACAGCAACGCUCGGCCGCCCAGCGAUGCCCUGGAGCUGGCCUAUGCGGAUCGGCUGGGGGGUGAGAUGCAGGAGUUGGCCAUUCAGCUGCACAAGAGGUGUGAAGAGGUGGAGGUGAUGAAGGGCCAGGUGUGCCAGGAGCAGAAGUUGCGUGCAGUGGCUGAGAGCUGUUUGAUGGAGCGUGAUGAGACCUGGAAUUCCAUCCAGUGCCAGCUCAGAGAGGCUCAGGCCAUCACCAAAGAUGCUGGAGUCCUGCUGGAUCAGAUAAAAUCCUGUCAAGCAGAGCUGUCGUCCCGGCUAACCCAGGAGCGGGGGAUUGGCAGAGUGCUGGACACAAAGGCGCAGCUGGGAGCUGGUGAGAGCAGGCGGCCUGGUGAGCGUCCGGUGCUGGAAGGAUGGCCACCUUCCUUGAAGUCUCUGAGCUUGCCUGAGCUGUCAGCUGUCCUAGAGGAGUGUGUGGGAGAAAUGGGAAAAGCUCUGCAGACUGUGACUCAAAACCUCCAAAGGCUCCAAGCCCCAGUGCAGAGUGGGCAGAGCUGGCUAGAGCCAUAA